AGGAAGUGCAAGACGAAGCUGGUUCUGACAAAGGUGCAAUUGAUGGUGGCUUUGAAAACGAAUUUGAGGCAAGAGAUUUUUCUAAAUUUGUCUUCCUACUGGCUGAGAUUGAUAAUAACGACGGGCCUUACCUUUUUAAGAGCUGACUGAAAUUUAAGCUGGGUGUUAAAUAGAGUCCGUUAAGGUGGACUUCCACUGUCGCGUGAAUACGAGAAUUUACGUGCAUAAAUGAAAUAGAAGCAAUGUAUGAAAGCUCGCACGUAAACGUAAAAAUUCAACCUCACUCAACUUUUACGUGUACGCUAACUGCCAUUAUAACUGUAACAAUAGACGGAUCAAAACGCACCAGUCACAUUGAAUCUUCAUAGCCAAUAACACCGUAUCCUCGGAGACCCAGGGGCAGCUAGUCGGGUACGAUCUUUAGGUAAACUUUCACCACGAACAUUCUAUCGUCCCGACAAGCUGCCCCUGGGUCUCAGAGGAUGAUAACGCCGCGGCUCGACUAUCAGACGACCACUAAAAGUAUCCCGACUUACCGUAAAUGAUCAAUCAGGUCAAUAACCAGAGCAUUGGCUAUACAAAAAUACACGGAGCAUUUCGUGUCUGCGCAGUACGCGCGCGUGCGUACUUCAGACAGACAAAGAGUAGAAAGUUUUCUUACCUAAGGAAACAACGCAAUGGGCAGGCUUCAACCUGGACUUUGAGAUCUUUUAACCCCUCGGCCACCACGCUUCCACUACCAUAUAGUUUAAAUAAAGCAUAAAUGAGCAACUUUAAAGUUUUCCCAUAGACAUAGUCCACGGAAUAAUGUUGAUUUGUAAAGUCCCGCAUAAAGCGUAAAUUAGGCAAUUUAACAUCGUAGUUGUAUAAAAACGGCAAAGAAAUGUACAAAAAAGUGUUUUGCACUUGCAAAAUUGUUGUUUUGCCUACUAAACCUAUUUGUUGUUGUUUUUGACGUUCUCGUUGCCGUCGCGUCGUCGAAUCUGAAAGUCCUUAUCACUAACUACAAAUGCACGUGUCAAUGUUGUUGGAAAUCAAUUUCUGGUUUUCAAUAAAAACGAACUCGAUUUUUAUUGGCUGUUUUUUAUUUUUCACGAAAGGCGAUCUUGCGCAACUAAGUAAGGAACGUUCCUAGCCUCCCACGCAGACCUUCUCAGGGCUUCGUCACACGUUCCUAACGCGUAACGAAGCUCGAAGAAUGUCUGCGGGUGGGCUACUGGUUCUCAUGAACUCGCAGAACAGAUGGUAUUUACCAUCCUUACGUAACAUUUUGAAUAUUCUCAUCCCUUAGGAAAAGAAAAGGUAAACUCUGGGAUUUAUAUACUUUAGCUGAUUCAAUAAAGGUUGCUGUGAGCAUUGGGAAUUGGCAACUGCGCAUUGGAUAUUUGGGCGUACAAAACUCACUGAAAUGAUUUGCUUGAGUGACCACCAAACAUAAGCUGCCAAUUGUGCAAUUCCCAAAGCAACCUCUAUUGAAUCAGCUAUACAUUCAAUUGGUCGUUUGACUCAUCAAUGAAUAAUAAGCAAAAAAGAAGGGGGCUGAUUUACAGAUUAUGCAUUUUUCCCUGGUAAAGGUCAAAGAUAACAAGCAAAUGCUCAAUUUCUUUUAAUAAUCGAUAAAAUUUUCGAGACAGAGGAUUUAAUCGUUACCUGUCUGUUUCUGCCCUCAACACCUGUCAGUUCGAUAAAAAUAUAUUUUCGAAAUCCAAUUCACUGCAUUCACUGAUGGUUUUUUUCUAUCCCUUGAAUUGUUCAGCUUGACAGAAAAUCGAUUGUAACCCGCUCUCAUUGGGAAACUAUUUGCAUUGGAAAAUCCAGCAUUAUGAGAAAAAAAAAAACAGACCAAAAUAUAUCACCGAAUAAGUCAUUUUUAUCCGCCUCCUAUAUCGAUUACGCAUUAUCUUAAAUUUGUUUUGUUUUAUUUACUAAUUUGUAAUUUAAUUUUUCCGGAUGAGGCAUUUCGUGUCACAAAUUGUUCUUUAUAAUCUUUUAACAUGAAAACACAUUUUUGCAAGUCUGUUUUUUCUAACGAUAUAUUUUAUUAUUGUUUUUUUUAUGAUCCUGGUCUGCUCUGUAACUUAAACUUUCUCGAAAUCCAGGUAACAAAAUACUACCAAAUUCGUCUCAAUUUAAUGCUCGUUGCCCAUGAUAUUUUGAGCUACUAUUGUGAGUACUGUUGAACAUAUAUUUCUAAGACGUUUUAGAUUAAAGCUGGAAAUUAAGUCAGGUAUAAAUUUUUGUUAUUUUUAGUAGAAGUCUAUUAUCACUGCUGCGUUCUGAUUGGUUGAGCUACUACUAGGCUACCGUAAAAUUCCGAAAACAAGCCCCUCCAAAUAUAAGCCCUCCAAACUCGUAACGCAAAAAAGCCUUCGUUAAAUCGCCCCUCCAAAUAUAAGCCCCCCAGGGGGGCUUGUACUUGGAAUUUGCCCUCGAAUACAAAGAAAAACAAAGUAAAAAACGGCAAAUUUCCUUCCAACUAUAAGGCUAGCCCAAUCGAUUUUGAAACGCAAAUUUCCCUCCGAAUAUAAGCCCCUCCAAAAAUAAGCCCCUCAAAAAGGGCCUUUGGAAAUUAUAAGCCCCGGAGCUUAUUUUCGGAAUUUUACGAUAUAUGUUAUAGCCCACUUGUAGCGAAAAGCGUCGGCUUUGAAAACCAAAACAAUGGCCGCUGAAGCGCGUUUUGCUUGCUCAAGUUGUUUUGUCUCGAUACUUUUGACCAACUAGUUGGAUUUUACUAAAACAAUUAUUCGUCUCGCCCUCAUGUCCUCUGAGUCAAUAGUGCAUUCGGCCUUCAGCCUCAUGGGCUAUUGACUCAGGGCCCAUUUGGGCUCGAGGAAUAAUUGUUAAACAUCAUAUUUGUUUCCCUCAGGAAGUGCAAGACGAAGCUGGUUCUGACAAAGGUGCAAUUGAUGGUGGCUUUGAAAACGAAUUUGAGGCAAGAGAUUUUUCUAAAUUUGUCUUCCUACUGGCUGAGAUUGAUAAUAACGACGGGCCUUACCUUUUUAAGAGCUGACUGAAAUUUAAGCUGGGUGUUAAAUAGAGUCCGUUAAGGUGGACUUCCACUGUCGCGUGAAUACGAGAAUUUACGUGCAUAAAUGAAAUAGAAGCAAUGUAUGAAAGCUCGCACGUAAACGUAAAAAUUCAACCUCACUCAACUUUUACGUGUACGCUAACUGCCAUUAUAACUGUAACAAUAGACGGAUCAAAACGCACCAGUCACAUUGAAUCUUCAUAGCCAAUAACACCGUAUCCUCGGAGACCCAGGGGCAGCUAGUCGGGUACGAUCUUUAGGUAAACUUUCACCACGAACAUUCUAUCGUCCCGACAAGCUGCCCCUGGGUCUCAGAGGAUGAUAACGCCGCGGCUCGACUAUCAGACGACCACUAAAAGUAUCCCGACUUACCGUAAAUGAUCAAUCAGGUCAAUAACCAGAGCAUUGGCUAUACAAAAAUACACGGAGCAUUUCGUGUCUGCGCAGUACGCGCGCGUGCGUACUUCAGACAGACAAAGAGUAGAAAGUUUUCUUACCUAAGGAAACAACGCAAUGGGCAGGCUUCAACCUGGACUUUGAGAUCUUUUAACCCCUCGGCCACCACGCUUCCACUACCAUAUAGUUUAAAUAAAGCAUAAAUGAGCAACUUUAAAGUUUUCCCAUAGACAUAGUCCACGGAAUAAUGUUGAUUUGUAAGUUCAAGAUGGUUAGUUUAGUGACGCUUAUGUUUUUUGGCUUCAACAUUUUGUUCUACUCUCUGUGGUCCCAUCAGGGGCCCUAUUAAUAGGAUUCGACUUUGAAAAAAUAAUCGGAAAUACCGUCCGAAAGCGAGCCUCUUUAGAAUAGCCUGCAUCACAGACGUAAUUUUAACCUUGGCUAGUAACGUCUGCGAAGCAGUGCUGAUAUCCAUGCUUCUGGGCCACCAACGGACUCAACGAAUUACCGGAAGUGCGUUUCGAAUUUUCUUUCAUCUUAAUUGUCUAAUCGACAAUGGCUUUUUAAACAGGCCAAUCAUGGCGCAUACUCAAAUCCUGGAACACAUGUGGGGGCCCAGAACGAGGAUUUCGGCGCUAAUUCGCAGACGGACUUAACCAGAGUUUAGUUCCGUCUGUAGCGCCGGCUACUUAACAAUGCAGCUGAAAACGAGAAGGAUUCUUUCAUUUUUUCAUCUUUAGGGUUUUUCUCCUAAGACAGGCACCUCCGCAGGUGAAAGAAGGACUCUAGUGGCACAUGAAAUAUUGUCAACAGAGUUAACAUACAUGAGGAAUUUAUCCGUAAUACAAGAUGUUUUUAAAAAACCUCUUGAAGCCGCGCUUGCCUCAAACAGGUUUGCUUUUUUAUCCUUAUUAUGAUCUCUUGGUUUUUCUUGUCUUUUUUAUGUUGUACGUCAUGAGGGAGCAUGACCCCAACCCCCCUAGAGGUACGGGAUUAACGGCCCCUUGUUGAUAUAGUCGGUUACUCUAUCUUCAAACCGGCUGGCUACUUAAAAUAGUAUUGAAAUCCCUGAAUUACGCCACCCGAAGGUCUAGCGGACCACCUUGUGCAACAUAUUGGUCAGUAGCAGAGGAACAAUAGAGCGUACUGGUACUUAAGCUUUAGAAUAACCGGUUAAGCUUAGUUAUAAUAGUAAACUAGCUAAAAUGAACACUGUCACUAGGUUGAGUUACAUUUGGCUGCUCCGGAAAAAGUUGCUAGUUUCCAAACGUUCUUUUCCUUUUGGACUUUUUUAGGGCCAUUAUCAGCUUGGCAAACAUACAAAGUUUAUUUGCUGACAGCGAAACAUUGCUGGCCCUAAGCAGGUACGUUAGACAUCGCAUUGUUUAAUAUUUUAUGGCAAUAAAAUAAAUAGAUAGAAUGCACUAUAUUUUAGUGUCCUAAUUGAUGACACCAUUUUUACGUCUCGUACUGGACACGGGACCGCCAUUUUACGUGGUCAUCCGAGCCUCGCGAGGUAGUACCGUCAUUUCUCAGGUAUUUUAAGACCCUAAGUAUGGGUCUGGCCCCGGGAAUCGAACCCGCGACCUCUCGCUCUGCAGUCAACCGCUCUACCGACUUAGCGAGUCCUGCUUACACUUCUGGCGGGCGUUACAGUGUUUUCCGGGUGAUAUCAAGUCACAUUCCCUUCUCGUGGUUCACUAACUGAUUUGAAGGGUCCCUCAACAAAAUAAAUUACAUAACUGGUCAAAUAUUAAAGUUUCAGCAGAGAUGAUGAUAAUCUUGAUGUUGAAACAUUUUUCUUAAUGCCCAGCUUUAUACACUGAUACGACGACCUUUAUUGUGUUUCAGUCUUUUGGUGAAUAAUCUGUCAAACAGGUUAGAUGAAUGGAAUUCUCAUCAAGUAAGUUCCAUUUACAAUUUUUCAUUUUUUGCAUUCUCAAGGGCGCGCUCUAACUUUCGUUGUAGCAGAAAACCAAGCCAAUUGAACUAACCGAUCUAAAGAACGGUUUCCAUCAUUUCAGACAUUCGUAUAAAUGACCGUAGCCCACAUAUUUUCGUACGAAAAAAUAGGACAUUUUCGAGUGGUGCUAAGCCUCGGUGAUCUCCAAAGUUGACCCGAAAAGUCGCGACGACAACACUAAUGCAAGGCACCCAACAAUAGGAUAUUUCCGAGUGGGACUGAUCCUCGUUGAUGUCCGAAGUUCACCCGAAGAAUCGCGACGACAACACAGUCAUUAUACAAGGCACCCAACAAUAAGAUAUUUCCAAAUGGGGCUAAGGCCCGAUGACGCCCGAAGUUGACCCGCAAAAUCGCGACGGCAACACAUAAUACAAGGCACCCAACAGUAGGACAUUUACGAGUUGGGCUGACGCUCGAUGAUGUCCGAAGUUGACCCGAAGAAUCGCGACGACAACACAAUAUUCAUUGCACCCAACAAUAGGACAUUACCAAGUGGGGAUGAGCCUCUAUUUUGAAGUGAAGCUGAGUCUGACGUCUGUUUCAUUCUUAUGCAAAUUAAAACAGAAACCCUUUUUCUUUAGAAAGGUUUGCACUUGUCCUGUCUUUGAAAGCGGCGGUUUUGCCACUCCGAAAUCGCCUAGGGUAAAUGUUUAUGAUAUCGUCCAAUCAAAAUAAACAGCCAAAGAACCGUUUUCUAUUGUAGUUCAGGCGGAAAACACAAUAGUUUAAUAACCAUACCAGAAGUUCAAAAACCACACAUUUGUUCAAUGACAUCUCACACAGCUAGCUUUUUUUCAAACCGGAAGUGACUGCUUUUUGUCUCUUUUGACAUCACCUAUAAAAUUUUAUCCCAAGAAACCUUGCGAAUGAAGUACCAGUCGCCCUCAUGUCAAAACCGAGCAGAAAUCUGUUUUUGUUUUCCGUCUAGAUAAAGAUGAGCUAUCCUUUCAGACAAAUUUAUAGACAUGCAUACAGUCAAAUCAAGCGAAGACUAGUUUUGGCCCCACUUCUGCCUAAACACCGGAUUUAUACUAGACGAAUUAUCUACCAGAGAUGGAUAAUUUGUCGUCUUGAAUAAAAAAAUUCGUCACUUGUAUAAAUUCGGCUCGACUCGGCACUGUAAGACUUAUAAGUUGAGCACAUUCAUUUAUCGUAUCUAAAGUAAGUCGGUUUUUUAACGUUCUCUCUAGAGAGACAACUUUUCAAGGUCAGGUAUUUUUCAGGUAUUUCGAGGAAUGUUCACGGCGGGAAUUGUGAACUAGUUUUUCAAGGGGAGGAAACCCCGAAGGCUGUUAUCCGAGAAAAUACGUCAUUCUUAGCCUUUUCUGUUCCCUUUUCAGAUGCUGGGAGACAUUUUUCUCAACUUUACUACACAGCUGCGUGCCUACACCAAUUUUUUAAACAAUUAUCCUGUAACACUACAAACAUUAGAACGAGUAAGCUUUUCUUUAUUAACUAUUAUCGUAGAUUAAGGCCUAGGCAAAACGUCGAACUUUUCAUGAGACCAACCAAACUCGAAUUUGAGUCGACCUAAAUUGAGUUAAAAUCUUCUGUUGGGUCAGACGUCGAACUUAGGACGCGUCGAACCAAUCAACUGAACCAGAUCAAAAACCAAUUUUAAUAAAUUUUCUCUCGAACGAGGCUAAAUAUACAUUAUCAUACAAAUUUUAAAUUUAUUCGUUUAGUUCUUCGCAUGUGAAGAUCGACGUUUGUCCCGUAGACGAUCUUCAAACGUUCUAUCGGCGUCUGAAGCAGACGGAUAGAACCUGCUGGACGAUUCAAACUCAUUCAGACGAACUUAACUGAGCCAGACGUCGAACUUUUCAUGAACUUAACUCAGGUUUGUCUCGUGAAACGUUUAUCCUUUCCCUAGGCCUAAGAGUACCCGUGUUUCCUCUAUUAAGCUAUUAAUCCCCUUGCAGUUUAUUAAUAUCAGUUUUCGUAAAGUGCCUCUGGACUAGCUGGGGGCGUAUUAGAGGCUGGAGGUUGGGGGCUUUCGAAAGGAACAAAGAUGGCACAGUUGGUUAGUGCGCGGCCUUCGGUGCGUUAAGUCCCGAGUUCGAUUUUCGGUGACAUCACAUCCCUGUUGCUACUUCUCUCCUUUUUGUGUAGCUUUAACUAGCUUAAAAUACCUUUAGAACUUUGGUAGACAGAGGUGCGUAGAAUGAGCGCACCGUCGGCCUCAAGUUUAUCCGUUGAAGUACUGUCACCAGUUGUCGACUUAAAACAUGGUUGCCUCAAAGGUAAAAGGAAGAAUUGAAUUCGGGCGUGAGAAUACGCACCCCGUUCUCAAGCGUCCCAUUUUCUUUUCCUUGACCAUUCCAGCAUGGUUAAUCCUGUUAGGGGUAGGGGUCCUCGCCAUCACAGCUCUUAUGUCAUGCCUCGCCACCAUAUCAUGUUCCAGGCGUUCCUAUAGUGUUUUUUUCCAGCUCCAGUUUUUGCGUUGUCCCCGCUAUCUUAAAGGGACGCAGUCAGCUUUGGACAGCGCCAAUCUGGACACUAGUUUUGCAACUUUGAAAAGCGUUUACCUCAACCCGAAAUCAAAUGCACGCGUUGGAUACAUCUAGCUAGAAAACCGCUUUAAUCUUGCCUAGUGUUUCAUUCGAUGUUUUAUUGAACACCUGUUCCGCUGUAUUCUUUUACUAAUUCUUUAAUUUUAUUUCAUCAUAUUUGGUUAAAAACGGUGUGGAUUGUGUAUCUUGCGAUAUGCAAAUCGGCUAAAAAAUUGUAUCUAAUGCGCAUGUACAUAAGCUGACUAUGUCCCUGUAACGCCUGGGACAGGCUACAUCGCAACAACGAGUUGCCAGCCCAAGUCGAAGUACUGACUACACAAGGUACACAGUGAAAAAUUUCACUUUACUCACUUCAUUUUUACUUACUUCUUACUUUAUUAUCAAGCCAUUAUCCUGUGUUUCUUUUUCGACAGUGUAAAGAACAAAAUCCUCAAUUUCGCUCAUUUCUUGCACGCCACGAAAAACAGCCAAAUACAAAAAUGAUGAGGUAUGAAAUUAUGCCUUGCCUUUUAGUUUUACUCAUUUCUUAUAUCCUUCCAAUGUUUGAGUGAAUAGUAUUUUAUAAACUCUAAUUUCAUUUCUUUGUUCUUGUGUUUUGUUGUUUUCUCCUUUUUUUUUGUUUUUGGCAUCUAGUUUUGCAGAAUUGUUGUUUCUCCCGGGAAGACAAAUUAAAAGGUCAGUUAACCUAUUUUCAGUUUGUCCUCCACACAGGGCAAAAUUAUUUACAACAAUUGUCUCGUCGUUUUCUGCGCCUUUGUAAUUGCUUCUUUGUGUUAGGUUUUCUGUUCAAUAGACCCAUUUCACGGUUCUGUGCUUAGUGCCUUAGUGUGUAAAGUUGGCGCGGGUUCUGUUGGGGAUUCACCGCGGUAAAACGAGAGAAAUUUGCGCAAGCCUAACAAAAUAACUUAAGGCUGAGGUUCUUACUUUCACUGUUUUAAAGUCUUAUGUAAUACCAAUACACUGUUAAAUGACAAAACGUUUUGAAAGUUUUAAUACUAAAAAAUUGUAGGAAGACCACUGCCCAAAAAAUGCAAAAGUCCACUUUCGGUUGACAUGCGUCGCUCAAAUACGCCUUUCCUUAAGCUCCCUAAUUUUACUCAGGCGCAAAGCAUUGUCAACGAAGAAGAAGGUGAAAGUUUAGAAAUGCGAAGAUAAAAGUAGUAUAGAAGACACUGAAUUAUCCAGUUUUUAUGGCAGGAAUCUCGUUAACUUCCGGUGGAGUACGUUAACGCCGAUGACGUCAUAGCCUUUUUUCUGUAUCUCAUGAAUAAAAUGCUCAGGAAUAUCAUUUUAAGAUGAGAUCAUGUGCUAUUUUUCUUCUAGAUGUUUAACUCGUUGGAUAGGUCUUCUAGUUAAUGUAUUCCUGUGCAAGUUAACGAUAUCCCUGUGCAAAAAAAUCCGGACAUUUCGGUCCCUGCUAUACUACUUAGUAAUGUGGACUAGUUAUUUUACUCAGCCUUACCCAUGCUCUCACUUAACAGUAAAUGAAUUCACGCUAAAUGAAACAAAAACGCCACAAACAGUGGAUCAGCAGGCUAUUUGUGCAGCCUAUUUCCAUUUAAUGGAUACAAUGUGGUCAAGGAGCUAUGGAAACAAUUUGAUGUAAAUCUGAGGCAACAGCACACAGAGAGUGAAACCAGGACAUUGUCAACCACGAAUGUCUUUCACCCACAAGAAUUAAAUACUUUCUGAAUAACAAGUGGCAAAUUUUCAGGGCUUAAUUACUUGUUUUGUUCCAGUUAUAUUGAGCUUUUAGAAGCGUUCUUGAGGUACACUUCAGCUGAUCACGUCGACAGAAAAAAAUUGACCCAGGCCAUUGCCAAGUUCAAGGACCUUGACACCUUAUUUAGACAGGUAAUAAAAAAAUUAUUAUCGCUUAUCCACACUAUAUAAAGUGAAAAAGGAGCUUCAUUUGUCCGCUUAAUCUGAAAUGUCAGCUGUCUCCGCCCCUUAACACCAUGGGAGGGGGGUGCAACCCCCACGGGUUAGGGGAUUAGGGGAUGGAGACGGAUGACAUUUGAGACUAUAGUCCGCUUAAAUUUACACCUCCAUUUAAUGCUCUCAAACAAGCAAGAUAUAAGUUUUGAAAACUCUGCCUAUGAGCUCCUGUCCCUCAAUCGGUUCCCUAUAUAUUUUUAAGUGGAAGUGCCUGAAUCAGCGCCCCUCCCCCUCCCCUCGGCUGAAAUGAAAUGAAAUAAGCGCUCCCGGCGCAAAUAGGUCAUUUGCACGAUGGCGUCAUUUUACUACUACGACCAGAAUCCUUUUCGUUUUUCCUUUCAUAUUUUAAUUUUUAAUUUUGUAAUCCCAUCGAGUUAUAAAAAACAAAAGUCCUAAUUUGCACAAGAAAGCAAAAUCAUAAAAUAUUGUGGUCGUAGCAGUAAACUGACGUCAUCUUGCAAAUGGGUGGAACACAAUGUUAAAUCUUUGUGUUGUCUGCCAAUUCUUUUAGUAACGUUGGUUUUAUUUGGUCUUUUGCAGUAUAAAGAACGUCUUGAAAGGGAAAGGUUUCUUCAAGAUUUACAGAAGAGAAUAGUCAAUUGUCCAGUAAGUCACGUCUUUUGUUCUUAACAGAGGUUAAUUUUACCGUCUCAUAUCACAGCAUCAAGAGUUCACAUUACCGGUGUAGGGGGACUUGUGGGAAAAGGACUCCCUUUAAUUGGCUUCAGCUUUUUGGGUGUUCCUGCCAAGUCUCUUACACCGCUCCCUUCAUAUUAUUACUUUAGCUACUUUCUGCUUUGUUUGUAUCGUUGAUUUGUUGUCUCCUGGCGAAGCUAAUGGAAUAAAGUAAAAUAAAGAGAAAAGCCUGACUUGAGUUUGCUGUUGGCGACGUCAACGUGCUCGCUAUCUAGUACAUUCCUGGUCCCGGCUGCUCGAAAGAUGGUUGAGUUUAAGCCAAAUUUUAAACAAGGUUUUCUUGUCUAAGAACAUGCAACUCGAGCUUGAUACAGUAUACUCCAAGAUACAGUAAUGAUAACACAAAAUGUUACUCCAAGCAAUACAUAGAAAGGUAAAAUACACAAACGGAACAAAAUUUUAAUCCUGGAUUAGUGCUAAUCGGCCUUUCAGGAACCGGGCCCCGGAGUGCAUUACACCCAUUAUCUCAUUUUUUUUUUAAUGAUCUUUCACUUGCUCUAUUGCAUCCGUGUUGGCCCUUACCAUCCCACUGGCUGGUUUUGUAAAGUUUUCACAUUUCAAUUAAUGGGAAGUAUAAAGCGUGCUUUCGCUGUGGAGAUUUAUUCCCAAACGUUUCUUUAAUAGGAGCUCUUAAUGAAAGCAUUAAAGUUACAAGUAGCCCCCUGGCCCUUCUCCCGAAUAACAAGUACAAGAUAUUCGAUAUCUUCCUCGAAGAUAUCAGCUAACGAAGCUACUCUAACUAUUUUAACUCCUCUAAGAUUCGAGUUGCAAUAAAUGUUAUGUAUGUAUGGGUCUAUGUAGAAGUAAGUUAUGUAUGUUCCUAUUUCACUCCUACGUGUCAAAAAACAUUCACCGGUUAGAGCACGCGACGCGCGAGCAGCUUUACGGUAUGACCACCAGUCUCCCAACCUUACAGCUGCCAGAACGCCAUCUCCAAUUCGCCGGUCAUUACGAACAAGCAAAGGGCGACUCUUUCUGUGGAGACCAAGCGGCCCUGCUUCUUCACUGAACGAAAAUGAAGUUCCCAGAUAAGAUAUGCAAGAGAUUUUGGAAUCCACAGGGAGUAGCUUGCGGCCGUGAUGUCGGAUAGGAUAGCCUGUGUACAGACGUCCCCCCUAGCUCCCUCAGAAAAAAAUCGGGAGAAGAGACUCUUCUCCCGAUUUUUUUCUGAGGGAGGAGGACGUCUGUACACAGGCUAGGAUAGGAAUCGUCGUUCAUAGCUUCUCGACUCCGAAUGAUGGUGAUGAUGAUGAUGAUGACGACGCUCUUGUGUCAAUUUUCUAUGUUUUCACUGUUUGCAGGUUCUUGCGGAGAAAAGUCGUCAUUUCAUUCGCGAAGAGGAUGUCAUCCUGCUGUCAACCCCAAGUAUUGGCAGACAAGUUAAACCAGAGUUCAGGUAAAUAUUUCAACAUUAAAGCUUUUUUCCUGCUUUUAUCACAUCGAUGGGGAUACCGUAUUAGAAAUUGUUCUUUUUGACAACGUCGAUCUCCCUGGUUUUAUAUAUACUUCCGUCGGACAGAGUUAAGGAUGUUUUCGCUUGGCGCGGCGCGCUAUCUUUAAUUUAGCAGAGCGCAUUGUUUAAAUAUUUCGUUUCCGCUACUUUUCUGUUAGAAGUAAGUAAUCAACACAGUCCUGGGCCUCUUUUGUCACUGCCUUGCGUCACAGCCUGUAUGACUUGACGCGACAAUCGAGCAAGUGAAGAACCUUCUAAAGAAGGAGUUCCUCGCCUGUUUUUAUUCUAAACGUAAUUGGUGUUAUGGUGACCAACUAAAAAACCAAAUGGUUCACUUGGCCAUCGUAAUAAUAAUAACAAUAAUAAUAAUAAUAAUAAUAAUAAUAAUAAUAAUAAUAAUAAUAAUAAUAAUAAUGAUAAUGAUAAUGAUAAUGAUAAUGAUAAUAAUAAUAAUAAUAAUAAUAAUAAUGGGAUUUAUAUAGCGCUUAUACAUCGCUGUUCUAAGCGCUUUACAAUGUAAAAAAGGACAUAAGAAUAUCAUUAAUCACAAGCUUACAUAUAACACUACUGUACAUAUUGGGAAAUUUAUAGCAUACACAUAUUAAAAAGGAAAGAAAACAAAAACAAAUAUGAUGAAACUAAAUGUCAUAUACCUUUUUAAAAAGAAACACUUUCAACUUAGACUUGAAAAGAUUAACAUCAGAACAAGCACGAAUUUCAAAGGGGAGCUUGUUCCAUAGUUGAGGGGCAGCAACGGAAAACGCUCGCUGGCCAUAAGUUUUCAUGUUAAAAUUUUGUUCUUCAAGGCGUAAAUGAUCCCUUGAUGACCGUAAUGUCCUUGAUUGAUGGUAAAAUUUUAAAAUAUCUUAAUAUCUUCAUCGUACUCAACCUUUCAUAUUAGUUCUACAUAAACAUUUAUCUUGUAAAUCUAUAAUGUCUUUAACUUAGCAUUAGUCAAAAUAUUGAGUAAAAAUAAACUGAACUGAACUGGAGGAGUGGGGUGGGUAAACAAGUGCGACUGUUAUGGGAUCUUAUUUGUUCUUUUAGGUGCAGAAAAGGUGCUUUUUAAGUUAACUACAAACACUCUCGUCUUUCAAAAGCCUUUCUGUUUUCUUUCGUUUUUUGAAUACCAGGGUUUAUCAACAAGUUGGAGAUCUUGGUUUAUUUCUGUUUAAUGACGCUUUACUUCUCGCCACUCUCACCUUCAAGUUUGUUCCUUUCUCAAGGCUGGUUCAAAGGAAUUACAAGUAUGUAUUUUACCGUGGUGAUCGUGUUGAUGAAAUAAAACUUUGAAAGAGCUCAGUCUUGUUGUAAUUUGUGUAUUUUACCCUGGAUUUUGUUAAACAAACAGAAGUACCUCGUGUUUUUAACUUAUUAGAACACAAACUGCAAGUUUAACGAACGCCUUGAAAGUCUUUCCUUUUUAAUUGUUCACUCUUCCAAUACCGUAUUUACUCGAAUAAGCGCCAUCCCCUGUGAUUAAGCGCCGCACUCAAAUAAGCUCCGCAUUUGGGAAAAAAAAAGUUAAUUAGCGCCGCCCCCGAAUAAGCAAUGUGGCCCUGAUAAAAUCAAAUCGUUAAUUCGUUAAUUCUGUCGGUUUAAUACGGAAAUUAAUAUUACCGUAGUUAAUACACUAAAAUCUUUGCGGCUUCCAACUUUCAAAUAANAUUAAGCGCCGCACUCAAAUAAGCUCCGCAUUUGGGAAAAAAAAAGUUAAUUAGCGCCGCCCCCGAAUAAGCAAUGUGGCCCUGAUAAAAUCAAAUCGUUAAUUCGUUAAUUCUGUCGGUUUAAUACGGAAAUUAAUAUUACCGUAGUUAAUACACUAAAAUCUUUGCGGCUUCCAACUUUCAAAUAAACACCACCCUAUUAAGCAGCGUGGUGCUUAUUCGAGUUGAUACGGUAAUCAUUAGAAACUCAGUCUUUGUUUUUACUAGAGUUAGAAUACUCAUUAACUUUUAACUCCCGUGAAAACGUAAUAAUAAGGGGAGAAAUCUCGAAAUUGAACGAAUUCUUGAAUUGUUAUUUUUUGUAAAAUAGAAAAGCGAAAAGCGCGCGCCAACGAGAUAAUAAUACAGUUAACUACAAAGGUUCGAGGAUGGUUCAGGAUGAAGACUGAUUUAAGCUAAAUGUUUUAAGUUGCACCGUCACAUAGCUACGUCAAAAGGUUCCUGUAUGACAAGCGCAAACUCAAGUAAGAGUGCUGAGCGCAAAGUAGAGGAAACAGCGAGCAGAGAAAGAGGUUGAUUGUAAAGCCUGCUCCUUUUCUGACUGGCUAGUGCGUUUACAUUAGUUGUCGUUUUUCGAGACUCUCUUGACUAAAGGACGGUCUACUACGAGAAAUUAGCAAGAUUAAGCAACCACAACGACAACGUCACGAAACAAUUGGUUUUAUGAGCAAAACAACAGCUCUGCACGGGCGUCACGCUUUUAAGCACAUUUCUUUGACGUCCACCGCACGACUAGAACGUAAAACCUCCUAACACGACGUUUUAUGGAGGAUGUGAACAUAAGACGACGAAUUUUUCUUUUUCUUUUUGAACCAGGUCAAAAUCUUAAGUAUUCCAACACUAGAAAAAAUCACCUACUUUUGACAAAUUGAGAAUAUUCAAAUAGACGUGAUAAAGUUUGAAUGAACGCAAAUUCAUUUUUUUGACGGCGUUUUCACUGCCGUCGUUGUAUUUGUCGUGUAAGGAGGCUCGAUAGGGUUUUGCAGGGUCAAUUCCUCCGAAUCCGAAAUCGCUAUUAACAAGGAUUUGGAAAAAUUAUCAACACAGCUGUAUUAGAUAAAAAUGGCAAUUUGUAAUGAUUAUGGUUACAAUGACAUCGGAGUUGUCAUAGCAACAAAAUGACGCCAUUACCUAUUUUACUUGCAGCAGUAUGCACAAACUUGGGAGGUAUUGACCCUGAAAAACCCCAUCGAGCCACCUCAACCUCCCUUGCCAAAUGGAAGUCAAACUUGACUCGUGGAUUUUUUUAGAUUUCAAGCGUGUAUGACCUUGAAGAAAUUGAGGGUGGAAAACCUGGCUGAUUCCAAAUGUAAGUUCAUUGUUAUUAGUUACUAGUACUUGUCUGUGAUCUCGGUUAAAAGCCUCUACAGCAAGUUACGUUUAUGCCCCGUCACACUUAUCAGAAUUUUUGAAAAUGGAGAUUUUUUAAGCCUUCCAUCCACACUUGAACAGCGUUUCGCAGCUUUUCGAAAAGGGUUCCCAGAGAGGAGUUUUUUAAAAAUGCCUGCUUAACGAAAACGGAGGUUUUCGAAUACGCUAUCUGAUGAAUAUGAAUGCUAUCGUACUUCCAUCGUUUUAGCGUUUCCGUGUGGAAGGGCGAAAACGAUUCGAGUACGCUACGUGUGCACCCGUAUUUUUUCGAAAACGGAGAAUAAAAUCAGCUCCGUUUUCAACAACAUCCGGAUCCGUGUGGACGGGGCCUCACUUCGUUUCUGCCUAUCUUCAUUCACACUCUAGAUGUAAAAAAUGCUUUUACCAUCGUGUCACCAAAGAGACUGUGGUUGUGCCAGGCGCACUCUUGGGACCAGAAAUUUCAGUGGCUUUCAGUUCUAGAAAGUUCCAUCGCUGCUGCACUGGAAAGAGUGUGAAAGCCUUAAUGAAGAGUUACGUCAUUCAAGAGACGCAGCAAAGGGUGUGUCACCCUUUCUCGCUGCCAGCCCCGGACGCAGUUACUCAAAUAGACGAAUAUGAAUGGUCCAUUGUUUACCUCAAGAAUAGCAGAGCUAGCGAGCGUGAAAAUCAUGAGGAGAGGUGACACGCAAAGGGAAGCCUUUCCACGCGGGUGGUGAUUUUCACGCGCGCUCGUCUAUUUCCUUCGCCCAGUAUCCAAUACUUGAGGAAAAAGAAAGACUACUGGUGUUCUGAGCCCUAGGUACUGUAUCUGAAUCAAAGGUGGAUAGCGCUAUCCAAUUGGUAUUAGGGGGCUUAAGCGAAGACGUGUUUGAACGACUCACGUCAAAUAGAAGUGUAUUUUUUGCAUUGUUGGGUAUCGAUUUGAGCCAAAUGUUUUGGGCCACCUAGGGCUAUGAUAAUCUGGACGUAUUACCGUUGUUUCGGAUACGAAAAUGACACAGUUGAGUGAAUGAUGCUAUUCGUCGUGUUUUGUGUGAGAUAGGCGAGUUAGUAGAGACCUUUAGAUUCUGAGACGAGUACAACCACGAGUACGAGAUUCUCUCAAUACUAAAUAGUGCUUGCGCGUGAACCAGCGUCAUUUUGGCGGGAAAACAUGAUUGCCGUCGUCAUUCCACCAAGAGUUUUAGCGAGAAUGUCGUGGUAACGGAAACUGACAAGUUUUAAAGUGUUAGAGGUUUUAUCAUUUUGCCGUCGGGAGAUGGCUUAAGCUCUUUUAGUAAAGAUAACAGUGCUAAUUUUUUUGGUGAAAAAGAAGUGUAAUGAAGCUUUCCGGGGUGUCCAUAAUUUGACAAUACGCAAACAAACUUUAAGUCAAAUCUGGUACUCGUAGUUGUUCUCGUCCUAGAAUCUAAAGGUCUCUAUUUUCUUGUUUUUCUCACGAUAGUCACGAAAAGCUUGCACGGCAAUCGACAGGGACGAUCACAUGACCAUUAGCCUUCGGCUGUCGCUGACCUCCAUUCUAAAAGUGACGAAAAGAGCUUUUUGUUCGGCGUGUGUAACAAUAGCCGAAAAAGGCCUCUUCUCACGUAAGCUUACUCGCCGCGUUUGCCUCAUUCAACAUGAAGGGGAGCGUUCACUCGCUCGCGGCAAUUUAUUCAAGUUGUUUAUUUUUUUAAUUGUUGCUCUAUACAUAAGUUAUCUUAUGGACAUUUCUGCUUUUCGCCGUAUGCCGUGAACGCAAUCUUUAACUUUUCUUGUGUUUGCGCCGUUUCAAACCGCUUUCUUCUCGUCCCUUUAAGUCAAUGCUGUCGAUUAGCUGUGCGAAAAUAUAUACAUAUUAUAUUUUUUC